AUGGAAAAAAAUAUUAUUAAAGGAUUCAUUUUCACUAUAGUUAAGCUAAAUACAGGAAUUCAAUUCUAUUUCUUUUAUCAAUAUAUAAACGAAGAUUAAAAAAGCUACAUCUACUGCUUUAUUAGCUUUUAUAUUAUAGAAAGAUUAUUUAGUUGGAUUAUAGAAAUAUCUUCUCUAAAAACAAAUAAAUUAGAGUCCAUUUUAAUUUUAAUACUUAAUUUGGCUUAGUUGGACGAGUUUUACUUCAUGAUUACCUAUAAAAUGCAUAGUAUGUAUUUAGAAGAAGGUAUAGUAGCAUAGGGUGCAAUUAUAUUCUUAUUUAACAUUCCUUUGUACUUGAUGAGUAUAGUUUGGGUUUUAAAAGUUUAAUAUAUUCUUCUAAACGUGGUUUUCAUUUCAAUUAUUUUAAUAUUGAUAUACAUUGCGCCAUUUACAAUAGCUUUUUUUAAAUUUAUGGAUCCCAUGUUUAAUAUUGAUAAAUUGUCAAAGUUAAAGAUUUGGUUUUUUUAAUAUUCGUAUUCCUAUUUUUAAUUUUUUACUUACUUUUGGUCACUUUGCUUAAUAUGGAAUCAUUAUAAUCUUUAAUACUAUGUCUUGGCAAUUUUAAGUGUGCUUAUUGUUUUACUAAUUAAGCAUUUAUGGCUCCGUUUGAAAAAUAACUUCUAAACUAGAGAAAAAUAUAUGUUUUUGAUUAUAAUCAUUAUCAAAUAACUAUUACAUAUAGUACUCAGUUAUAGAAAAAAAAAGAAUUAAGUAUUUGACAUUUUAAAUAAAAUUGGCUAUAAAAUAUAUAAUUCUAUGAUUAUUUUUGAGUUAUUGAUUAAGCUUUAUCUUCUAAUAGCAUUUUGGAUUGUAUUUUAAACAACAAAUAAUAAUAAUAAUUAGUAACUAUAUUCAUUUAAAGUUACUAUUUUAAUAUUGUUAGUAAUAAGUUUUUUAAUCCUACUUUUUUAAAGUAUAUCUCAAGUGAUAAUGAAACAGUAUAUUUAUAAAAAAUAUAUAGAAUUAGAUUCUAUGCUAGAAUUUAUUUAGCUAGAUAAGAAUAGUAAGGAUAUUAAAAAUAAAAAUAUAAAAUAAAUUUAAAUAUUUGAUACUUUUUAUAACUAAGAGACUUAUGGAAUAAACAUAAUUAAGGAUAUUUUAUUUGAGUAUGAAAGCAUAGAAAUAAUAGGAAGAGACUUUAAUAAGAAAAAAAUAGAAAACAAUAAAUAUUUUUACUAUGUUAAAAUUGAGUUUAUUGUGAAAGCAAAAUAAAUUUUAGAUGUUAUUUAAACAUAAAAAGUGAUAUCAUAGAUAUAAAGUGUUUAUUUAAAUCUAUAAAAUGAUGAAUAUUUAUAUGAUUUAUAUAAAUUUUGGAUAGAUAACUACAUAGAAAUUAGUCUCUACUCAAAUUACGACUAUAUAUAUUACUAAUUAAUAAAUAAUAUCAAAUAGUAAAUGUAAUCUGCUAUUUCCUAACUAAUAAUAUUUUAAAAAUUUAUUUUUCCUUAAAUGAUCAUAAAUCCUCACAUUGUUUAUUAUGAUUUGUAUGAUUGA